UAGUUAUUUAUCACCACUGUUUGCCUGAAGAAUUUAGAUGUACAGUCAGAUUCUAACUGUGAAUAUCGAUGAUGACGCGUUCAUCAUUCAAAAUUUGAAGUGGGAUUCGUGGGAACCCAACGUCUAUGGUUCUUCAAUUUAACUAUUUAACCCCAAACCCAUCUCUCCCUCACACACUCACGCACACACAGAAAAGCACAAAAAGAGAGAGAAAGAAACGAAAAUGUUGGUGGCGAAGCAAUCAUACGAGGAAAGCCUUGGCAACAGAGUGGAAGUGAAUAAGAAGAGACUGGAAGCCCUCAAUCUCCCUAUGCUUUCUCAAGCUCUCAAAUCUUCCUCUUCUCCCAAACCCUCUUCUACGAAGCAGGCCAAAACCCGUGUGGUGCAGAAGCAGUUGGUCGUGGUCAGGAGGUCCACUCACUUUGCCAACAAGCGGGUUGCUGUGGACCGCGUGGCAAUACCCAGAAGGAUUUUUGGUAGGCAAAGGGAGUUGUCCAACCGGGUGUAUGCCUCGCCCGAAGCCCAAGCAGAAGCUCAAGAGAAAGCGGAAAAAUUAGAAAUGGGUCUAGAACCUGUUUAUCCAACAUUUACAAAGUCAAUGCUGCGACCCCAUGUCACUGGUGGAUUCUGGCUGGGUCUUCCAAUCCAAUUCUGCUUUCGGAACCUUCCAAAGUGUAAUGCUGUUAUGACUUUGAUAGAUGUGGAUGGUGAUGAGUAUCCAACAAUAUACUUGGUUCAUAAAAUAGGACUGACUGGUGGAUGGAAAGGGUUCACUGUUGCUCAUCAUUUGGUAGUUGGGGAUGCAGUAGUAUUUCAAUUAAUCCGGCCAACAACAUUUAAGGUGUACAUCAUCAGGGUGAAAGGUUCUGAAGAGGGUAAUUAGCUUUAAGUCUUACUUGCUUGGAUGAUGGAGCCAAUUGAAUUAAUACAGGUGAAAGGGCCUUGACAAGUUUUGUUUUCCAUUUUAUCAUGAGUUUUUUGUGGUCCUCCAUACUCAUGUUGUCUAUAGAAACACUACAUGUAACUUGCUCCACUAAAGCUGUUUAGUUUUAGCUCUAAUCAUGGUAGUUUUUCUAAUGUUUAUUCUCAUAUGGAUUUGUAGGAGACAAUGAGCUAUCUAAUGGUCAAUUGAUGAACUAGUCUUUUGUUUUAUUCCUC